UUGCUAGCAUUGUCUUGUUCAGAACUUGAGAUUACCGGUGAGCGGUGGCCGGCCGGCGGGGCGUUGCGCGAGCUCGCGAGGAGAAGAUGCCGCAUCUCCGUCUCCUCCUGGCCGUCCUCCUGCUUUGCCUACUCCCCCUGCUCCCGGACUUCGCCGCCGGCGGCGGGUCGCCCGACCCAACCCCAACCCCAGCCCCAUGGCCUGACCAGUUCCACGCGAAGCUCCUGAUGGAGUACAAGGGGAACCUGUCGCUGGCCGACCUCUGGUACGACUGGCCGCGGGGCCGCAACCUGCACAUCAUCCGGUACCAGCUCGCCGCCGACGCGCCCUACUACGACGCCGAGUGGAACAACGGCACGUCCUUCUUCUACACCCCGGCGCGCCGGACCUGCCGCUCCGCCGCCGUCGGGGUCGGCAUCCUGCGGCCCGACUGGCUCGCCCCCGGCGCCGCCUACCUCGGCCGCGCCCACGCCGGCGGGUUCGACUGCCACGUCUGGACCAAGGCCGACUUCAUCACCUACUACGAGGAUGUGGCCUCCGGCCGCCCCGUCAAAUGGAUCUUCUACACCGGGCGGACCGCGCACGUGAUGAGCUUUGAGCCAGGGGCAGUGCUGGAGGGCGAGGAAUGGCAGGCGCCUGCAUAUUGUUUCACCGACGGAACGACCAAGAACACCCUCAUCUCUGAACCUGGUGGGUUUGAUGAUGAGAGCUUUAUCCCCAAGAUCAGAUUGCUGAGAGGCUAAUUAGCCUAUCUUGUGGAGUGGAAUCAUAACCGUUGCUGCUGUUGAUCAGUGUGUUCGGCAUGGUGUCCCAGGCGCUGGAUGCCAAGUGUAACGACUUGACUGUGCUGCUGCUGAUCAAGUGUCUGUACAUGAUGUUCUCUGUUACCCGCUUCUUUGCGAAUUGAUCUGCUUAGAUUUUAUGGAGAUUCCUGAGCAGUACCAUAAAGAGGUGAUUAUUUUA